AUGGGCGCUAUCAAAAGAACGUGGAGCUUAAAAGGCUCUGUGCAGCUCCUCUCCCUUAACGAUGGAUUUUUUCUCCUUCGUUUCUCUUGCGUGGAGGAUUUUGACAUGGUCUGGUCGCGAGGUGUGUGGUUCCUUUUGGGGAAACCCUUUGUUCUUCAAAAAUGGCACCCAAAGUUUGUUCCUAAGAAGGAGGAUUUUGCUACAGUCCCUAUUUGGGUGAAGAUUCACGAUCUUCCCCUCGCCUGUUGGAACUCAGAGGGGAUUUCCCGGAUCGCCAGUAAAAUCGGAAUUCCGGUUGUUGCCGACAAUCUGACCGAGAUGAAGACGCGACUUACUUAUGCUCGGGUUUGUGUGCUUGUUGACUGCAAUGCAUUAUACCCUGAGGAGAUCAAGGUGUCGCUGAAUGGUGACGUUGUCACACUGAAAGUUCAAUACGAAUGGAGACCUUUUCCUUGCGAACACUGUAAGUCGUUAAUGCAUUUAUCUUCUGCUUGUCCGUCCAAACCAAAUUUGGAUUCUAAUCCUCAAAAUAAGGAGUUGCCUUCUAAACGGGGUAGAAGUCAAAGCAGAAAGCCGUGUUUCAGGCCUCAUUCUAGGCCUCAGAACACUUCUAUGUCUCCAGUUAUUAAUGUCGUCCUCCAGAAUCCUACUACUAAUACUACUGUCCCAUCCUCGGAAUAUUUGCAGGAUAUUCCUAAUACCUCUGGACCUCUCUAUCAGCCGCAUUCUCCGUCUCCUCAUAAAUCGCGGGUAAUUACUGUGAACACCAUUCAGGAUGCUCCUCCUAAGUUAGGUGAUGCUAUUAUUUCAGGAAUUCCAGAAAUUCCGAAUCUUAAUUCCCCUAAUGAU